AUGGAUUUCCUACUCGGAGGCUGUGCGGCGACCUGUGCCGGCUUCUUUAGCAAUCCGUUCGAUGUGAUCAAAACACGCCAACAGCUGCACGGUGAGCUGCUGCAGCGUAACGGCCAAACGGGACCUGCACCGAAUGGGCCAACCGGUCGCAACCCGUACAGCUCCGUCGUACGCUCGUUCCGGUCGAUCCUGCGCUCGGAAGGUGUGCUCGGGCUGCAGAAGGGUUUAGUGUCGGCCCUUGCCUUCCAGUUCGCGAUGAACAGUGUCCGGUUGGGUAUCUACCAGACGGCGGAAAACUGCGAAUGGACCCGUGGUGAUACACAGGCCACGACACUGCUCCGCUCGAUCGCAUGGGGUGGGCUGAGCGGUGUGGUUGGGUCCACCAUUGCCUGCCCGCUGUACAUGGUGAAAACGCAGAUCCAGGCCCGUUCGCACGGCAAGUAUGCGGUCGGCUAUCAGCAUCGACACACCAGCACACUGGACGCACUGACCGGGAUCUAUAGGACGCACGGGGUACGGGGACUGUGGCGUGGUUAUCCCGGCAUCGUAACACGCACGGCCGUUGGAUCCUCCGCCCAGCUCGCUACCUUCUCCACCUGCAAGGACCUGUUCCAACAGUUCGAUUGGGCACGGGAAUCCGUGGCGAUCACCGCAUUCGCGGCUAGUAUGGUGAGCGGAUUCUUUACGUGCGUGUUCAUGUCACCGUUCGAUGUGAUUGCGACGCGGCUCUUCAAUCAAGGUGUCGAUGCGCAAGGACGUGGCCUUCUCUACCGGAGCGUGGUAGACUGCUUUACGAAAACGCUGCGUGCCGAGGGUUUGCACGGGCUGUACAAAGGCUUCGUGCCGAACUACUGGCGUAUCGCACCGCACACCAUCCUUAAUCUCACGUUCUGGGAUCAGUUUAAGGCGUGGCGAGAUCUCUACUACGGUUACUGAGGAAUCU